AUGGUCCUCUCCAGCGUUCUUGGUUUCCCUCGUAUCGGUGCUAACCGUGAGGUCAAAAAGGCCGUCGAGGCCUACUGGGCUGGUAAGCUUUCGGCCGAAGAGCUUACCAAGGCCGCUGCAGAAGUCAAGAAGACUAGCUGGACUUCUGUAAAAGCGAAAGGCGUUGACUUGGUUUCCAGUGGUGAAUUCUCCCUGUACGAUCAUGUUCUCGAUCACUCUGCCUCGUUCAACGUGAUCCCCAAACGCUACGUUGGAUUGGGUUUGUCUGACCUCGACGUUUAUUUCGCAAUGGGCCGUGGUCGUCAAGCUGAUGGUGUCGACGUCCCUGCGUGUGAAAUGAAGAAAUGGUUCGACUCUAACUAUCACUUUGUCGUUCCUGAGCUUUCGGAAGAGACUCAGUUCAAGCUUAACUUUAACAAGGCUCUCGAGGAGUACAACGAGGCCAAGGCUCACGGCAUUGUCACUCGUCCCGUUGUUCUCGGCCCCGUUUCUUACCUCGUUCUCGGCAAGGCUGCCAAGGAGGCAAAGGAUGACUUUGAGCCUAUCUCUUUGUUGUCUAAGCUCUUGCCCGUCUACAAACAGCUUUUGACCGACCUCAAGUCGGCUGGUGUUGAAUCUGUGCAAAUUGAAGAGCCAAUUCUCGUUCUCGACAAAGCUGCUUCCUUUGACAAGCAGUUUGCCAUCGCUUAUGCGGAACUCGCCCCUGUCGCUCCCAAGCUCGUGCUGACCACUUACUUCGCACGUCUCGACUCGAACAUCAACUUCGUUGCUAAGCUACCUAUCGCUGGCUUGCAUAUCGACUUGGUCCGUGCUCCGGGUCAGCUCGAUGAGGUGGUCGCUGCUAUCAAGCCCACCAAUAUUGUGCUUUCGUUGGGUGUUGUGUCUGGUCGUAACAUCUGGAAGAACGACUUUGCUGCAUCUAUCAAGUUUGGCCAGAAGGCCAUUGAUGCUCUUGGUCAAGAUCGUGUAAUCAUUGCGACUUCGUCAUCACUAUUGCACACUCCGGUCACACUGGCAUCUGAAAAGAAGCUUACCGAACAGCAGAGGGACUGGUUCUCUUUCGCCCUCGAGAAGGCGGGAGAGGUUGCCACUAUUGCAGCUGUUUUGUCGGGAUCCCAAGACUCGGCGAUCGCCGCUGCGCUCGAGGCCAACAAAGUCUCCAUCGGGAAACGUCGCGAAUUUGAGGCUACUUCCGAUGAUGCCGUUCGCAAGCGGGUUGCCUCUAUCACCCCCGAAAUGUUGAACCGCAAGAGCCCUUUCGCUGUUCGUAAGGAAGUACAGGCCAAGCACUUGGACUUGCCCAAGUUCCCCACCACUACCAUUGGCUCUUUCCCACAAACAAAGGAGAUCCGUACUGCUCGUGCUAAACUUGGAAAGGGUGAAAUUACCGUUGCUGAGUACGACGAGUUCAUCAAGAAGGAGAUCGAGACUGUUGUCCGUUUCCAGGAGAAAGUUGGUCUCGACCUUCUUGUCCACGGUGAGCCCGAGCGAAACGACAUGGUUCAAUACUUCGGUGAGCAGUUGAACGGCUUUGUCUUCACUCAAAACGCUUGGGUCCAGAGCUACGGUUCUCGUUACGUUCGUCCUCCCAUUAUUGUUUCCGAUGUCAGUCGUCCCGGUCCUAUGACCGUAAAAUGGAGUAGCUAUGCGCAGAGUGUCACCAAGAAGCCUAUGAAGGGAAUGCUUUCCGGUCCUGUCACCAUCUUGAACUGGUCCUUCCCUCGUGAUGAUGUCACCCGUAAAUUACAAUCCCAGCAGUUGGCUUUGGCUCUUCGUGACGAGGUGAUCGAUCUCGAGAAGGCUGGCAUCAGUGCCAUCCAGGUCGACGAGCCUGCUAUUCGCGAGGGUCUUCCUCUCCGCCGAUCUGACUGGGACGAAUAUCUCGAGUGGGCAGUCGACACCUUCAAGCUUUCCACUGCGGGUGUCACCGAUGCUACCCAGACGCACUCACACUUCUGUUACUCUGACUUUGACGAUAUCUUCCCUUCCAUCCAGCGCCUUGACGCUGAUGUGAUUUCCAUCGAGUUCUCCAAGAGUGAUAUGAAGUUGUUGCACACCUUCAAACAGUACGGUUACUCCAACCAGAUUGGUCCUGGUGUCUACGACAUCCACUCUCCUCGUGUUCCAAGUGAGGCUGAGAUCAAGGACCGUCUCAAGGCUACCCUUGCUAUCAUCCCUGACCACUUGGUUUUCAUCAACCCUGACUGUGGUCUCAAGACCCGUGGCUGGAAGGAGACUGAAGCUUCGCUGGCCAACUUGGUUGCCGCUGCUCGCUGGGCUCGUCAGAACGCUUAAUUCUAUCGUACUUUGCGCUUCAACAGCGCCCGCGAAGUGGUUAAUUUAUCAGGGUUCUUCGAGGAAGCGCCUUGCACUUGACCUUGGGUAGUUGUGUGGCAAUAAAAUGACGACCAGCAUGUCGAUGCUGGAUCAUCUUGUAGGGCACUGUUAGAUGCUGCUUUGUGGGCCCGCCGAGUGCCUUGAAUGAAGGCAGGAGCUUUGCGUGUUCGUAGUCAGUAGUAUUAGGAUUUCAACAAUCCAUAAUGAUAUCGUAAUAAGCAUCAAUUGUUUUCUGCAUAAAUACUGUUUGAUUUUAAAUGAUAAGAUGCAUGUAUUGUUAAG